GGGUGGGAACAGAAAAGGACAGACAGACAGAAAGGUUCAGGGUACUGAAGCAGCCGGACAUCCUGGAAGUCUGAUUCCUACCUUGAGAGCCUCUUCCAAAAGGCCACAUGUAGCCUGGCAGGUGAUCCUGGUCACUUGCUUUACUCUGUCCUCUGUCAUCCCAACGCCGUGUCUUGCCCUGGCCCCGGGACAUCAAGUGCCACCGAUCCAAUCAUGGCUGGCUUAGUGUGAGCCGGAGAACAGGUCUCAACACCUGGCUUCUUUGAGCACAGGAAACAAGCCUUCUUGGAAAAGUGCCAAAGGAGCCAGAACAUUGACCAGGCGCCCAAGCCCUGAGGCCUUAGGGUGCUUUGAACCCCAGGAUCCCCAACAGCACCGCCACUGGAACUUCUUCCUUCAGCAGGACAGGAAGCUACUAAGCACUGCUCCCGUUGUCUCUGAGGAGAGGCCAUCUCUUCAGGGUAGACCUCCUCCUCGGCUAAUCCUCACAGUCAUGCCCAGAGGUUUGCUCCAAAGUCUACUAGUACUAAGGAGUGUCCAUCAUUUGUGACCUGCCACAGCGCUUGCUAACACCACCAUGCCACGUUGGACCCCUCUCCCUGCACUCUGCUGCUUCCUUCUCUCCUGGGCGUUCACCAUCUUUCACCAAGCCCUGGGGAACUCGGCCCCACAUCCGGGUCCCCACUACCUCCUGCUCCCCAUCCACGAGGUCAUUCACUCUCGUCGUGGGGCCACGGCCACACUGCCCUGCGUCCUGGGCACCUCGCCUGCCAGCUACAAGGUACGCUGGAGCAAAGUGGAGCCCGGGGAGCUCCGGGAAACGCUAAUCCUCAUCACCAACGGACUGCACGCCCGGGGCUACGGGCCGCUGGGAGAGCGCGCCAGCAUGCGGAGGGGGCAUCGGCUGGACGCCUCCCUGGUCAUCAAGAACGUGCGCCUGGAGGACGAGGGCCGGUACCGCUGCGAGCUCAUCAAUGGCAUCGAGGACGAGAGCGUGGCGCUGACCCUGCGCCUGGAGGGUGUGGUGUUUCCGUACCAACCCAGCCGCGGCCGCUACCAGUUCAAUUACUUCGAGGCGAAGCAGGCGUGCGAGGAGCAGGACGGACGCCUGGCCACUUACGGCCAACUGUACCAGGCGUGGACCGAGGGGCUGGACUGGUGCAACGCCGGCUGGCUGCUCGAGGGCUCGGUGCGCUACCCUGUGCUCAACGCGCGCGCCCCGUGUGGCGGUCAAGGGCGGCCAGGCAUCCGCAGCUACGGGCCCCGCGACCGCAGCCGCGACCGCUACGACGCCUUCUGCUUCACCUCGGCGCUGGCAGGCCAGGUGUUCUUCGUGCCCGGGCGGCUGACGCUGUCUGAAGCCCACGCGGCUUGCCGGCGGCGCGGAGCUGUAGUGGCCAAGGUCGGGCACCUCUACGCCGCCUGGAAGUUCUCGGGGCUGGAUCGGUGCGACGGAGGCUGGCUGGCGGAUGGCAGCGUUCGCUUCCCCAUCACCACGCCGCGGCCGCGCUGCGGGGGUCUCCCUGACCCCGGGGUGCGCAGCUUCGGCUUCCCCCGGCCCCAGCAGGCGGCCUACGGGACCUACUGCUACGCCGAGAAGUAGGAGCGCACUGCCCUGCCACGCGCGACCGAGUGGCGGGUCCCCUCUCGACAGACGAGGACUGAGCCCCACACCUGCCUUCCCAGCCCAGCUCAGCGCUCCGGGCUCCCGGGCAGAGGGGCGUCCCGGGCAUUAACUGACCAAUAAAAUAACAUGACACCUUCUCUGUUC